CUCCCCCGAGCACAAUAACAAUAGGCUAACCUCUCUCUUUUUGACGUUUGAUUGUUUGGUCGGAACCGUGCCGUGCAAGGUGCUUGUAUCGGCUUGUAUUUGCCCUCUAUAUUUUUUUGAAUUGCUCUUUACAUUGAAACUGGAAUGUGAAAUUAAUUGAACCGAAGACUAGCACAGAAUUGAGAAGUUUACAGCACAUACCCAUGAUAAUGGAAGCGUUGGGGCACAAAGGGUACCAGAAGUCAAUAUUACGAGACUGGGCCGGAGCAAUUUCCGUUUGGGAUGAAGCUAUCAAAAGUUAUCCGAAGGAAAGGAAAUUUUACAAUAACAGAUCAAGAUGUUAUUUUUUAAUGAAUGACUACAAAAGGGCUUUAGCAGAUGCAGAAUACAUGACCUCCCAUUUUCCAGAUUAUGCUCGAGGUCAUUUUCGACAUGGGGAAAUUCUUGCAUCCAUGGGUAAAUUUAGAGAAGCUGAAAGAUGUUUCCGUCGUGUAAUAGAGUUGGACAACGCAUGUCUGGAUGCCGUUAAUGAAUUAAAUGAAGUUCAAAUUCAAUACCUGUGUAGUCUUGGUUUUACUCGAUAUCAAGCUGGCAAUGCAAUAUCAAUGGCUAAGGAUUUAGAUGAGGCGAAAAAGCUUUUACGAGAAGGUGCAUUUCCAGAAGAUGAUGGUGAGGUGUAUGAAUCUGAUGAAGAUACUUCAGUACAGGUCCAUCCUGUACCUGGCCAUUACGAUCCACUGGAAGACCCAGACAAUCCCAAAAAAUGUUGUUCUAUAUGGGUUGGAAACAUGAAGGAAAAAGUUAGUGAUGACGAUCUUAAAAAAAUAUUCUCUAAAUAUGGAAAAGUUAAAAGUAUCAAAGCUGACUUUUCCAAGUUUUUUGUAUUUGUGAAUUAUGUUGAUCCUGAAGGAGCUUCCAAAGCCAUGCGCCAAUUACAAGGACUAGAUUUAGCAGGAAACAAGGGUAUAAAAAUACGUUACCCUGACAGAGCUAUGACUGGUAAAUGAGUUUAUCUUCUUUUUGCCUCUGCUACCAAAUCAGUGGUCAAGUGAUAGUAAACAAAGCACCACUUUCCAAUUUAUUUCUCAUUUCCUGUUGUGCAUGGGCUGUUUCAGUUUUGGUAUUUCUUUUUUACACAAGCCUCACAUAUUUUCUUUCUGAGUUUAUUGUUGGAUACAUUUCUAGAAGUUUCAAUUGUUCUUUUUUCCCUGCCAAUUCAUCAGUUGGUACAUACUAAUUCAAUUUAAAUCAAACUCAUGGUUGGAACAGUUUGGAAUGAAUCUUUCUAGUAAUCUUGAAAAACUAUGGUCAAAAUUUGUCAUUAAAUAGAACCACGAUUACUUUGUUCGUUAAUAAUUAGUUGUAUUGUAUUCUUGUUUAUGUUCUGAAACUUGCCAAUCUACUUUGUCAGUAAGUUGAUGAUUAUGACAGCUACUCUACUGUAACACUACCGUGUAAAUCUAUAUUUUAAAAGAUUUGAUUGUCAUUUUUGUGGGUUUUUUGUACUGAUACGUUAUUGCAUAUUUGUAUGAAGACCCUGCUCUCUCAUGUUUUAUUUUAGCUAUUUUUUAUUUUUGACAUAUUUAUCUGCUUAUGAAGUGCCUUCGAAAUCUCCAAUUUUUGUAAUAAUAAGUAUUUAUUUAUUUUGUCAUAUAGUGAUAUCAAUAAACAGAAUUAUAUUUAUAGGGAUA